AUGGCGCCCGAUCCGCUGACGCAAAUGAAUACAUAUCGUUCGUACGUGACCAUGCUGGCCGAUCCAGUGUCGAAGGAUGAACUGAAACUGAAGGCAGCUCAAGAACUGUCGGAAAAUUUUGAGAUCAUCAUGUGUUCGGCGCAAUAUCCAGCGUUUCUUGACCAUAUGAUGAAGAUCUUCUUGAAGAUAUUGCAAGAAGGAGAGCCGCAUUUCAUAUCGGAGUAUAACAUUCAGCAAGUCAGAAAACUGAUACUGGAGAUGAUACACAGAUUACCCAGCAAUGAGUACCUGCGUCCAUACGUUAGACAGAUCUUGACUCUUAUCUCUAAAUUGCUGGAAACAGACAAUGAAGAAAACGUCUUGGUGUGCUUACGCAUCAUUAUUGAGCUUCACAAACAAUACAAGCCUACUUUUAAUCCAGAAAUACAAUAUUUCCUGCAAUUUGUCAAAUCAGUGUACAGUGAGUUACCAAAGAAUUUGCCAAAAAUAUUCGAACCACGUCCGCCUCUUCGCGUGAAGGAUCUGUCGGAGAUCAACAUAGAAGCUUUGCUGAAGGAAACAUUUACCAUUACGGCGAUACAAAGUGAGAAGAAAGCAGCUGACGGCACUGUAUUAACGUACAACUUGAUUCCGAAAGCGGUGAUGUCGUUGAAAGUGCUUCAGGAACUGCCGAUAAUCGUGGUGCUGAUGAACCAGCUGUACAAGCAAAACGUCCUUCAGGACGUGUCGGACUUCAUUCCGAUCGUCAUAACGACCAUAUCGUUGCAGCCGAGUCCUCAGCAUCGCGCUUCACCCGGCUUCAACAAGGAAGUCUUCGUUGACUUCAUGGGGGCGCAGAUCAAAACCCUAUCAUUCCUAGCUUACGUGAUCAGAGUGUACCAAGAAGUGAUAACCCAACACAGCCAGAUGUUGGUGAAGGGCAUCCUCGGCUUGUUCACGUUGUGUCCCAUGGAAGUUGCUCAUCUGCGAAAGGAACUGGUGAUCGCGUCGCGGCAUAUCCUCGCGACGGACCUGCGGAACCAGUUCAUCCCACACAUGGAAUACUUCUUCAACGAGGACAUCUUCAUCGGCCACGGCUGGACGACUCAGGAGGCGCUCCGCCCGUUGGCUUACUCCACUCUCGCCGACCUGGUCCACCACGUUAGGAUGCUGUUGCCCCUCUCUGACGUGUCUCACGCCGUGCACCUGUACAGCAAGAAUCUGCUCGACCCGAGCCUACCCACGACUGUGCAAAUGGUUUCCUGCAAACUGCUAAUGAAUCUCGUAGACACGGUGCGUCACCGGGCGGACGCGGAGAACAGCACGCAGGGACGGGAGUUGUUGAUGCGCAUCCUUCUGGUCUUCGUUCUCAAGUUCAAGGUCCUCUCCAAGAUCUACAUACCGAUUCUGCGCAGCAAGACGAAGCAGCUGCGAGCCAACACGACGACCGACGUCGCUUCAGCGUCGGAUGACGCUCUGAAAACGGCCACUGAGCUGAUCGAAGACAAGGAGACGGCGAAAUCCAAGUUCGGCUUCCCAAACUGGCAAGUGAUGAGCUACAACGUCGCCGAUUACCGGAAUCUCGUCAAGAGUCUGGUGCACGGAGCGAAGGGCAUCACCGGGAACUUCGUCAACAACCGAAGCACCGAGGUGUCACAGGUGUCGAAUCAGUUACAUCCGAAGGAAACUCUCAUCUACAUUCAGCUGGUCAAAUGGGCGUUGCCCGCCUUGGACAUUUACACGAUCGGCUCGACGAUCGUGGGGACUCCCGCGCAACCCGGCAGACCAGCCCAGGCACAGACGAUAAGGUCCCGGGAGGAAAAAGAGGUGCUGGAGCUGUUCGGCAAUAUAUUCACGCAGAUGAAUCCGCAGACCUUCCAGGAGAUAUUCUCCAUGUCGGUGGACUACAUGGUCGAGAGGAUCUUCAAGAACAGCGCCCUGCAGAUCAUCGGCAGCGCCUUUCUUUCCAGCCCCACCAUAUCGUCGAGGUUCGCCACGAUAUUGGUGCAAUAUUUGCUGGAGAGAAUGAACGACAUGGGCUCGAACGUGGAGCGGAGCAAUCUCUACCUGCGACUGUUCAAGCUCGUCUUCGGUAGCGUAUCGCUUUUCCCCGCGGAAAACGAGCACAUGCUUCGCCCUCAUCUGAACCAAGUGGUCAACCGAGCCAUGGAGCUGGCUAUGUCCGCGAAAGAACCUUACAAUUACUUCCUCUUGCUGCGAGCGCUCUUCCGAUCCAUCGGCGGCGGCUCGCACGACCUGCUCUAUCAGGAAUUCCUACCUCUGCUGCCGAACAUGCUGGAAGGUCUGAACAGGCUGCAGUCCGGAUUGCACAGGCAGCACAUGAAGGACCUGUUCGUCGAACUCUGCCUGACCGUGCCGGUCAGACUGAGCUCUCUUCUGCCUUACCUGCCGAUGCUGAUGGACCCGCUGGUGUCCGCCUUGAACGGCAGUUACUGUCUCGUCAGCCAAGGUCUGCGCACUUUGGAACUAUGCGUCGACAAUCUGCAGCCCGACUUCCUCUACGAGCACAUACAGCCGGUCCGUGCGGACCUGAUGCAGGCUCUCUGGAGGAUCCUGCAUAAUUCCACGGACCAGGCUCACGUGGCCUUCCGUGUUCUCGGGAAGUUCGGCGGAGGGAAUCGCAAGAUGAUGAUCGAGCCGCAGAAGUUGCAGUACAACGAUCGCGAGACGAAUUCGCCGACGGUGGUGGUUUACUUCCAGGGGCCGACUUACCCGAUCGACCUGCCCAUGGAGAAGGUGAUCGAGACGGCGUACGUCGCGUUGAAAUCCAGCACGACCGACCUCUACUAUCGCAAGCAGUGCUGCGAGGUCGUGAACUGCUACCUGGCUGCGACCCUGAGACUUGACGACGACGGUAACAUAUUGAAAAAACUAUUCACACAUCCGAGUUUCAAAGAAGGGGAGAUCAGCUUUUGCCACGCCUCCAGCCAGUACAAAUGCCCGGACACGGUGGCGCGCGACGUCCAACAGACCGCGGUGACGAGCCUCUUCAUCGCUGCGGAAACGAAGGAACUGAGACCGAUGGUGAUCGGCAUGGUGGUCUCCGUCGUCCGGCACUACACGAUGAUCGCGAUCGGCCAGCAGGCCGGGCUCUUCUCGUGGACGGAGCGCGACGUCCGCACGCAGGGCCAGGAUCCGCUGGUGCUGAUCGACGCUCUCGCCUCGAUACUGUCUCACGAAGAGAAGGACCUGCACAGAAUGGCGUAUCUGGUGCUGAUGCUGAUGCUGGACACGGCGACGAAGAUCCUGGGGACGAAGGAACGGGCGUGCCGGCUGCCGAUCGUCGAAUACGCGGCCGACCGGAUGUGCAUGCUGUGUUACGAGCGCGCCUGGUACACGAAACUCGGCGGCUGCAUCGGCAUCAAGUUCCUCACCGAGCGGAUGGCGAUCAAGUGGGUGCUCGACCAUCAGUUCAUGUUCCUGCGGGCGCUCAUCUUCGUAAUGAUGGACCUGACGGACGAGGUGUCGAACGGCGCGAUCGACAUGGCGAAGACCAGCCUGGACCGGAUGAUCCGGAUCUGCCUGGACCCCGGCAUACGCGAGGGCAACGCCGAACUGCUGGACGCCCGCAACAAGGGCGUCCACGACGUGACUCGCGAGUUGGUCAGGCAGGUGACGUCGCCGCACACGAUCGUGCGGGAACAGGCGAUGACGUCGUUGCGCCAGCUCGCCGAGAUCCAGAGGAAGACCGUCACCGAAGUGAUGGAGCCGCACAAGGAGGUGCUGGCCGACAUGAUACCGCCGAAGAAGCACCUGCUGCGCCAUCAGCCGGCGAACGCGCAGAUCGGCCUGAUGGAUGGCACCACCUUCUGCACCGCUCUGAACCCCCGUCUCUUCACCAUCGACCUCACCGUCGCCGAGCACAAGGUCUUCUUCCAGGAGCUCGUGGGACUCUGCGAGGCGGACGAGGCGACCUUGCAGAAGCUCUGCUGCUACAAAUCCGUGACAAAUCUGAUGCCGUUGAGGAAGUCGGCGCUGCGCGCGCUCGCCGCCAGCCACUACAUCGUGACUUGUCGCGAGAAGAUCUUCACGGUGCUCUACAAGGCGCUGGAGAAGUCGAACGGCGAGCUGCAGGAGGCCGCGUUCGAGUGUAUGCAGACCUUCAUCGCCGGCUUCCAGAUCGACAUGGAGUCGGUGCACACGACCAUGCGGCCGAUGCUGCUCACACUGGGCGAUCACAGGAAUCUGAGUCUGAAUUGCGUCAAGAGGCUGUCCUACCUGACGCAGCUCUUCCCCAGCACCUUCAGCAUCACCCUCUGCGAACAGUUGCUGCAACACCUGAAGAAACUCCUGGAGAAUCUGAUCCAGGCGCAGAAGGGCAUAGUGAAGACCGGCGAGAACGAGCAGAAGAUCAGCACGAUCAUCGGGAUAUUUCACGAGAUCCCGGCGGCCAGUCCGAAGUUCAUCGACGUCCUCUGCAGGCUGGUGCUCCACACGGAGAAGUCGCUGCUGGUCGAAGUGUCCAGCCCGUUCCGGGUGCCGCUGAUGAAGUUCCUCCUGCGUUAUCCCGCGGAGACGCUCAAUCUCUUCCUUCACGACAACAAUAUCAAGGAUCAACAGUGGAGCCGGUACUUGGAGUAUCUCAUCAAGCACAAGGACGGCAAGCCGAUCCGCGACAUCUUGCACAACAGUACGGGAAGACUCGUGGCGAUGCUGCUCGCCCAUUCGCAGACCAACUCGAACCUGACCCCGCCGGAGAAGAGCGAGCUUCAAUAUCGGGCGAUCAAGAUCAUCGCUCUGCUGAUCCGCUUCGACGAACAGUGGCUGUCGACGCAGACCCAGCUGGUGGGCGCCCUGAAGCAGAUCUGGUGCAACGACGACUACCAGACCCUCCACAAGAAGGUCGAGAACGUGGAGUAUUAUCACUGGAAGGAGCCGAAGCUGAUCGUGAAGAUUCUGCUGCACUACUUCCGCCAGCAGCCGAACGACGUCGAUCUGCUGUUCCAGCUGCUGCGCGCCACCUGCGACCGUUUCGUCCCCGACUUCCAGUUCCUCCGUGACUUCCUGGAGAACACGGUCGCGCAGGAGUACACCGUCGAGUGGAAGCGGAACGCCUUCUUCCGCUUCGUCGAGCACUUCCCCACGAACAAUCUGUCGCAGGAGCUCAAAGCGAACGUGCUGCAGCUCAUCAUAAUCCCCUGCUUCGCGGUGAGCUUCGAGAGAGGCGAAGGUACGAAGCUGGUGGGCGGGGCUCCCAUGCCUUACCAGGACAACCCGGAGAACGUGGUCUCGGUCUUCAUCAGCAAGAUCAUCGACCCGGACAAUCCGUUCGGCUCGGCCGACUGCGUGCGCAUCUCCCUGCUGCAGUUCUCGUGUCUGCUGGUCGAGCAGGCGUCCCAGCACAUACACGACGUCACGAACAAGCGGCAGGGCAACAAGCUGCGUCGACUGAUGACCUUCGCCUGGCCCUGCCUCUUGGGCAAGAACUGCGUCGACCCGACCACGAGGUAUCACGGCCACCUCCUUCUCAGUCACAUCAUCGCCAAGUUCGCCAUUCACAAGCGCAUUGUGUUGCAAGUGUUUCACAGUCUGUUGAAGGCUCAUGCGGUGGACGCUCGCAACGUAGUGCGACAAGCGCUGGAGAUCCUCACUCCGGCGAUGCCGGUCAGAAUGGAGGACGGCAACACGAUGUUGACCCACUGGACGAAGAAGAUCAUCGUGGAGGAGGGCCACUCGAUGCAGCAGCUCUUCCACAUCCUACAGCUGGUCGUGAGGCACUACAAGGUCUACUAUCCGGUCAGGCAUCACCUGGUUCAGCACAUAGUGAAUUCGAUUCAGCGUUUAGGCUUCAGUCCAACGGCCACCAUCGAACACAGGAAGCUGGCCGUCGAGCUGGCGGAGGUGAUCAUCAAGUGGGAGUUGUACAGGAUCAAGGACGAAAUAGAGGUUACCGAUGGCAGCAGACCGGCCGCAGGGGGCAACGUCAAGCGGCCGGUGACAGCAGCGGUCGGCGACGACGCGACGUCGAGCAACAAACGCGCGAUACCCCAAACAUCGUCCGGCGGCGGCGCAGGCGUCUGCAUGCCUCUCGCUUCCUCCAAGACCGAGUCGAUGAAGGCGAUCGACCGGAUCCACUCGGACGCGAUCCUCAACUUCCUGCUGCGUCUGGCCUGCCAGGUGAACGACGUCUCGUCGAUUCACGGCAAUCCCGGCGAGCUGCUGUCGAAACGGUGCGUCAAUCUGCUGAAGAUGGGCCUGAAGCCUGACAUCUGGACGGAAUCGUGCGACCUGAAGUUAGCCUGGCUGGACAAGGUGUUGGCGAGCGUGGACAACGCCCAGCCGAACUUCGGCAACAUCAGCACCGCCCUGGACGUGCUGACGUUUUUGCUGGGGGUGAUGAAGCGCGAGCAGAUACUCGCGAGCUUCAAGCCGCUGCAACGCGGCAUCGGCGCCUGUAUCGCCAGCAGCAACACGAAGAUCAUACGUCUGGUGCACGGCUUGCUGUCCCGGCUGAUGACGAUCUUCCCGGCCGAGCCGACGUCGUCGAACGUGUCGUCGAAACACGAGGAACUGGACACGUUGUACGCGAGCGUGGGUCGUUUCAUAGCGGACGGUCUGACGACUUACGAGAAGUCCGCCACAGCCCAACCCAGCUCGCUCUUCGGCACGCUGAUGAUGCUGAAGGCGGCCUGCACGAACAAUCCGAGCUACAUCGACCGUAUGAUCACGCCUUUCAUGCGAGUGCUGCACCGAAUGGCGAAGGAACACCUGCACAGCUCGUCCCAGGCCGAGACGAAUCCGGUCGGCAGCGAGUUGCUGAUUCUCAGCAUGGAUCUCGUGAAGAAUCGAGUGGUGGUGAUGGGCGCCGAAAUGAGAAAGUCUUUCAUCGGCACGAUACUGGUCGGCCUGAUCGAGAAGACGCAGGACAUCAAGGUGAUGAAGGCGAUCACGAAGAUGCUGGAGGAGUGGAUGAAGAACAAGAGCACGAUCGCGAUGAAUCAGGCGCCGAGUAUGCGGGAGAAGUCGAUCCUCCUCUGCAAGAUGAUGCAGUACGUGGAGAAACGUUUCCCGGACGACCUCGAGCUGAACCGGCAGUUCCUCGAGCUGAUCAACUACAUAUACCGGGACGAGAGCCUGAAGUCGACGGAUCUCAACAACAAGCUGGAACAGGCCUUCCUCUCCGGUCUGCGCUGCGUCCAGCCGCAGGUGCGGGCCAAGUUCUUCGACGUUCUGGACGCGUCGAUGAACAAGCAGCUGUUCGACCGACUCCUCUACAUCAUCAGCACGCAGAAUUGGGAGAACAUCGGGCCGCAUUAUUGGAUCAAACAGUGCAUCGAGCUGAUCCUGUCGGCCGCCAAUCCGGUCACGCGGAUACAGAUGACGAAUCAGGACCUCCUCCUGCCGAGCGUCACCUCGAUCAUUCACAUGGGAACGGACAAGGACAGCAAGGAGCACAAGGACUUCACGGCGCAGUGCGCCGUGAAGGAGGAGCCGAUCGACACCUCGGAAGUAACUACGGCCGAGCCGCCGGAGGCGGAUUUCCUCGAGAUGGAACUCUCGAACGCGUCCAUCGCCGAGUUCACCAGCACCGUCGACGACGUGAUAGCGCAGAGCACGCUGACGGACAUAAUCGGCAGGCAGAGCGCCUUCAUCGAGCGGACGAGCAAGAUCAAGACGCAGCAGCUCCUGCUGGCGGUCGUGCAGCUCUGCCACAUGGACACCAGCCUGGCGGAACGCGUCUGGCUCGACAUGUUCCCGCGCUUGUGGGCCAUCCUGGACGAGUACCAUCAGAACGUGGUGACGGCGGAAGUGGUGCCGUUCGUCGCCAGCGGCGCCCACGUGAUGCAGAAGGAAUGCCACCCGAGCGCACUCGGCACCUUCCUCGAGGCGUUGUCGCACUGCAACCCGCCGGUGCUGAUGAAGCCGUACCUGAUGAAGUAUCUCGGCAAGUCGCACAACGUCUGGCACCGGAUGACCCUCGGCUUGGAGCAGAUGGCCGCCGAGAACGGCGGCGCCUCUGCGAAAGGCAGACACGAGUCUGACUUGUACGACUUCGAACAGUCCCCGGAUGACGUUCCCAACGAAACGAUGGACGCCCUCGCCGAUAUGUACUCGUUGCUGCUCGAGGAGGACAUGUGGUCCGGCAUCUGGCAGAAGCACGCCUACUACAAGGAGACCCUGCACGCGAUCACGCUGCAGCAACAGGGAUUCUUCGAGCAGGCACAGGGAGCUUAUGACGUAGUGAUGACCAAGUACCAGCAGGAUUGGGUGUCGAGUCCGUCGCCCUACAAGAUCCAGAAGGAGGUGAUCAUGAUUGGGAACCAGUGGGUGCGCUGCGCGAAGGAGCUGAAUCAGUGGGACAUGCUGCUGGAGUACGGUACUUCGAAGGAUUUCCGCGAUCCUUUCGUCGCCUUGGAGAGUUCCUGGCGUAUCUCCAAUUGGUCGGUCAUGAAGGAAAUGCUCGCACUGGUCGAGCAUAAUUGUCCGAAGGAAAUGGCCUGGAAGGUGAACAUGUAUCGCGGCUUCUUGGCCAUAUGUAACAGCGAAGAGCAGCACAUAAACGCGGUGGAGCGUUACGUCGAGAUAGCGUCCGGCUUGUGCAUGCGAGAAUGGCGGAAGCUCCCUCAGAUAGUGAGCCACAUUCACUUACCGUUACUGCAGGCUGCCCAACAGAUAAUGGAGCUCCAGGAGGCUGCUCAGAUUCAUCAAGGCUUGAUAUUGGCCCGAGCGACCUCUCUUCACGACAUGAAGGCGAUCGUGAAGACGUGGCGCAAUCGUCUGCCGGUCAUAGCCGACGAUCUCAGCCACUGGUCCGACAUUUUCGCGUGGAGGCAGCAGCAUUACAACUUCAUCGCGAAUCAUUACGAGUCUCAGCCGGAGCCGCAUCCGGCGCCGACCCACUCGGUCCUUGGCGUUCACGCGUCCAUGCAGUCGAUCAUACAUUACGGCAAGAUCGCCCGGAAGCAGAACCUGUACGGCGUAUGUUUGGACUCGCUCUCGAAGAUCUACACGAUCCCGAGCGUGCCGAUGAUCGAUUGCUUCCAAAAGGUGCGACAACGCGUCAAGUGUUACAUGCAGAUGGCGACGAUGGGCGGUCAGAACGAGCUUCAGGAAGGUCUGGACGUGAUCGAGUGCACCGACAUGCGUUACUUCUCGAAGGAGAUGACCGCCGAAUUCUACGCCCUGAAGGGUUUGCUUCUGUCGCAGCUCGGCCGUUCCGACGACGCGAACAAGGCCUUCUCGACGGCGGUGCAGCUUCACGACACUCUGGUGAAGGCCUGGGCCCUGUGGGGCGAUUAUCUCGAGCAGAUCUUCUCGCGCGACGCCCGUCAGACCUCCAUCGGGAUCGGGGCUAUCACGUGCUUCCUGCACGCCGCCCGGCAUCAGAACGAGACCAAGUCGAGGAAGUACAUCGCCAAGGUGAUCUGGCUGCUCACGUACGACGACGAUAAUAAGCCGUUGUUGAUCGAAGCGUUGGAGAAGUACACGGUGGGGGUGCCGGCGAUCCAAUGGCUACCUUGGGUGCCGCAGUUGCUGAUGUAUCUCGUGCGGCACGAGGGCAACGGCAUUCUGAACCUGCUCAGCCAGGUCGGCCGCAUGUUCCCGCAAGCGGUCUACUUCUCGAUCCGCACCCUCUACCUGACCCUGAAGAUUGAACAAAGAGAGAGGUACAACAACGAGCUGACCGCGGUGAAGAUUCAGGAGAGCAGUCAGGAGGAUCGUUCAGCCGGCAACGUACCGGCGCACCACGGACACGGGCAUUCCUGUCACACGACGUCGGAAGUCUUGAGCCACACCGUACGCGCCACCGCACCCAUGUGGAGAUGUUCGAAAAUUAUGCACCUGCAGCGUGACAUCCACCCGACCGUACUGAGCUCUCUGGAAGGUAUAGUCGAUCAGAUGGUCUGGUUCCGUGAAACGUGGUAUGAAGAAGUACUGAGACAGCUGACUCAAGGACUAGCUAAGUGUUACGCAUUAGCAUUUGAGAAUCGAGGCGCAGUUAGUGAAGCUACUAUCACUCCGCAUACCUUGAAUUUCGUCAAAAAAUUGGUUUCAACUUUUGGCAUAGGAAUUGAGAACAUAUCGUCCUCGCAAAACACCUCAUUCUAUUCGGCGGCUUCGGAAUCCUUGGCACGUAGAGCGCAGGACACCGUACAGGAUCCCGUCUUCCACAAGAUGAAGGGCCAAUUUACGAGCGACUUCGACUUUACUGUGCCAGGGGCAAGGUUGCUUCACAAUUUGAUCAGCAAGCUGAAGAAGUGGAUAAAGAUCCUCGAGGAGAAAACUAAACAAUUACCCAGGUCUUUCUUGAUAGAAGAGAAAUGCCGUUUUUUGAGUAACUUCAGCCUGAAAACCGCCGAAGUGGAAUUACCUGGCGAAUUCCUGAUACCUCGACAUUCUCAUUAUUCCGUGAAAAUAGCACGAUUCAUGCCGCGCGUUGAAGUGGUGCAGCGGCACAACACAGCCGCCAGGAGGCUGCGUAUUCGCGGCCACAACGGCCGCCUCUACCCUUACCUGGUGGUGAACGACGCCAGCGUGGGGGACGCGAGGCGCGAGGAACGCGUGUUGCAACUGCUGCGAAUGCUGAACCACUACCUGGCCAAGCAGAAGGAGACCUCGCGCAGAUUUCUACAUUUCACGGUGCCGCGGCUGGUUGCCGUAUCCCCACAGAUGAGGCUCGUUGAGGACAAUCCAGCGGCGGUCUCACUUCUAGACGUCUUCAAGCAAGGUUGCGCCAAACUCGGCAUGGAACACGACGCGCCGAUCGCGAGGUACUACGAGAAACUGGCCGCCGUGCAGGCGCGUGGGAUUCAAGCGAGCCACCAAGUGCUGCGGGAUAUCCUGAAGGAGGUGCAGACCAUGAUGGUCUCCAAGACUAUGCUCAAGGACUGGGCGGUGAAGACCUUCCCCGGCGCCACCGAUUACUGGACGUUCAGGAAAAUGUUUACACUACAGCUAUCUUUAACCUGUUUCGCCGAGUAUGUGCUUCACCUUACGAGACUCAAUCCCGACAUGAUGUAUAUGCAUCAGGACUCGGGCCUGAUCAAUAUUGCCUACUUCAAAUUCGACAUCGACGACAUCGGAGAGUUGGAUGCAAAUAGGCCGGUGCCCUUCCGUUUGACACCCAACAUAUACGAAUUUAUCACGACGACAGGAGUAUCCGGUCCCCUGACUGCCAGCGCGAUCGCGACGGCUCGCUGCUUGGUGCAGCCUUCGUACCAGCUGCACGCUAUACUGCGCGCAAUUCUGCGCGAUGAAGUGAUCGCGGAGCACAAAAGGCAGGAGGAUCCGGACAGCGACUCGGGAACACCGGCCGAAUUGCAAGGCGAGCUCCUGAUAAAGAUGGUGACGCACGCGGUCACCGCGAUCAUCUCGCGAUUGAAUUCACUGGCGAAUUUCGACGGCAUCGACAGUAAAGUCAGCACACUGGUCACCGCAGCCAACAAUCACGACAAUCUGUGCAGGAUGGACCCGUCGUGGCAUCCGUGGUUGUAACAACACAGCAAGAUCAAGCGUUGUGUUUUCCCGAUGCCGCAUGGCCUAAUUAUAUCACCAACGAGCGCGGAAAAGAGGACUAUUAGGCUGUUUUUCACCUUCGUUCUAAUUUCUAUUUUAUUUUUAACAGUCUAAUUAUACUCGGAACAUUCGUCUAAUAUGUUACGUACAUCGAUAUGCGCUUUCGGAUAAUUAUAAAAAUUGAUAGAAGACGUUAGACGCGCGAUAUAGAUAUUAUUUGUAAAUGAUAUAUACAUACACAGGCUGUCUCAGAGCCGAAUACUCCCGCUUCGUGGGGGUGUAAAGUUCAUUGAGUUUAACAAAAAAGUCCUACACCAUUUUGCAAAUAACACGAAAAUUUCGAAUUAUGAAUAAUCCGAAAUGGUUAUGUAUAGAAGCUUCUUUAAUUAUUAACUCGCAAAAUUCGCAUGUUAUUUGCAAAAUGGUAAAGAACUUUUUCAUUCAGAGUGGCCUGAUCUGCAAUUAACAUGACAAUUGUUGUACCUAACGACAGGCAUCGGUGUAUUGAACUUUGACCCUUUGAACUUGUCGUUAAAUACAAUAGUUAGUGUCAUAUACUUAUAGAUUAGAUUAUUCGGAACAAAAAAGUCUAUCACCAUUUUGCAAAUUGUCGAGUUAUUAAUUAAAGAGGUCUCUGUACACGGUUAUUUCCAAUCAUUGAUAACUCGAAAUUUUACGUCUUAUUUGCAAAAUGGUAUAGGACCUUUUCGUUCGACUCAAUGAAUUCUGCACUUUCAUGAAGCGGGGGUAUUCGGCUCUGAGAUACCCUUUAUAUACGUGAUAUAUAGGUUGUCCCACAACUCGCACAUCUAAAAUUUUAAUGAUUCUCUGAUGAAUAUGUGAGUCUUUUUUGUCGAAAGUAUACAAAUAUUACUAAUCUCAAGAUUGUAAGUGAUUAAGAGAAGCUUUCCGUAGAUUUGAGACAUUUCCAUGGGACCAAAUUGAUAAAAAAAAAAAGACAUUUUUCAGAAGAUUCCCACUGAAUUUUUUAUUUUAAAGUUCCUGUCUCCUUACUGAUGUAAAUCUUUAUUAAUGAGAAGUCAAAGACGAGAAGAUACACGUAUAUUCUUAAAAUUCUCGCAUAUAUAAUCGCUAAGUAAAAGAAAAUACAUAAAUAAAGUAAUUUUGUGAUAUAUCGAUCGAAGAGAUUUGUGAAACAGCCUGGAAACUUUCCUUUUGUUCUAAUGAUCGAUAAAAUUAACCAUAAAAUUGAUACAUCGAUAUAAUUAGAUUCAUCGAUAAAAUCGCGUUAAUUUUACGGCUAUUGAUUAUUCGAGUACAGGAAAGUUUUCCCGAAGAAUUUUUACAAAUCUACUCGAUCAAUCGGAAAUGUCUCAUUUUAUGAACUUUUUCCUUUAUUUCAGCAGAUUUUGUAAGAAUUUUGAAUAUAUUUUAAUUUUUCCGUUCGUAACAUCAAAAAUGGGAAUCAGAGGUCUGAAUAGAACUGUUAAUUUUGUUAUUUGCAAAAGAGUAUAUAAUAUAUUGAUGGAUUUCACGUAUUCGAGUUACGGGACAGCCUCUAUGUAUUAAUACACGCGUUAAGUGAACAUAUGUAAAAAAAAAAAAAGAAUGGAAAAGUGGAAGGUGUGUAAAGUGCGAAUUUUAUAUAUUGUAACGAUUGCGACUUUCUUUCUCUAUACAUUUGUUAUACCACUCACAAAUUCCGUUUCUCCAUAUAUCAACCAUAAUGUGAUCUACGAUCUUUCAUUGUAAUAUAGCCUUACUUCAAAUCCUCC